CGCGGAGAUGGCGUCAUCGGCGAGUGCCCGGCUGGCUGCCGGCGUGAAGACGCGCGAUGUUGAGCCGGCUUCAGGAGCUGCGCAAGGAGGAGGAGACGCUGCUCCGCUUGAAAGCGGCCCUGCACGACCAGCUGAACCGGCUCAAGGUUGAAGAACUGGCCCUCCAGUCAAUGAUUAGUUCUAGAAGAGAAGAUGAGAUGCCGUCUUCUCAACCUGCGCCUGAACAGUCACAUGAUCAGAUGUUGGUGCAUGUAGACAAUGAAGCAUCAAUCAACCAGACUGCACUGGAGUUGAGCACCAGGAGCCAUGUGCCAGAAGAGGAGGAGGAGGAGGAAGAAGAAUCCGAUUCCUGAAGGGGAGAAGAGCCAGGGUUAGUCAUAGGAGUUAAGUUCUAAGCCUCAGGAACUUUCUCCAAAGAAUUCUUGCCAUGGGCCCUGUGGCCUCCUUUAAAAGGAAGCAAGAACUUUAGGAGGCUGUGUAGUUGUAAAAAUGGUUCCAUCAAUAACUCAAGUUUCAGAGUGCUUUAACCAAAAUGAUGACAUACAGAAAAGCAGAGAUGCAGUGUGUCGAUACUGAGCGAUAUGGGUGGUGCUGUGUUUAUAUUCUGGUCAGAUUCAGUAACUGUGUUCAAAACCAGAAACUUCCUCUGAAAUGCUAUUGAGAAGGUCUGGCAUUUGCAAAAAGGGCAGAGUUUAAAUACAAGCAAGCCUUUCCAAUCAAUGCCUCUUGUAAGAAAACCAAUUAAAGACUGUUUGCAUGCCAUUGAACCCUUGUGAGCAGAGCAAGGCCACAGUGUGGGAGAGGAAGAUGACAAAGAGGAGGACAGAGGGCCACUUGAGAGCACAAGCUGUUGCCACCUCUCCGUGACAUCGUAAAACUGCCUACUAACAUGCUUUGUGUGGCUGUCACCACAUCUAGGUUGAGACAUCACUGUGGUAAAAUGUGCUUAGAAAUAAAGAUAAAUAGUCAUCAUGCAGCUUGCUGCUUUCCAGACAGAAACAGAGAAAAGGGUCAGUUCCUCUCAGGUGAACGAUACAGUAGGAUGGUUGAAAACCCAUUUCUGGACUUAGGAAAUGUGCCAUUGAAGAAGGAUCACUAGGCUUGGGAGGUUGGAUUUUGUAAUAAAGAGACGAUAGUUACAGAAUAAGAGUUGUUAAA